CUGAGUUUAAUGCUGGUUUAAAUGUGGAAUAAAAUUGAAUUCAACUUCAGUUUCCCUAAUUUAGGUUAUUAACCGCUCCGUCAUAAAUAAUUCCGCCGAAAAAUACACAGUUUCAGGAAGUGUUAUGCUGGCGCGGAAGCACGUUUUCCGGGGAAUUAAUUGUGAAUUAGUGGGUGGAUUUCAUUAUUGAUUUGACGUUUGUUCGUUUCUCAUCAUCAUGGUGUCGUUGAAAAAUAUUAUUGUCUUUCCCCGUUGAAUGCUCAUUUGAGAAUAUUAAUUGGUGAGUGAGUAAUAUAUGUGUCCCGUUGUGUGUGUUUCGGGUCCCAUGGAUUCUGAUGCUCGCAUUAGGGUGUAUUAUAAUGGUUUCUAGAUGGAACUAUCUUUAGCAACUUUAAACCCUUUGUGGAGACUUAGAAAUAUGAAUCUUUUGAGCUAAUGGAGCCUGGAAUUGGAAAGACAUUAGAAUAAAGAGGAAUGGCCACCCAGAAGGGGAAUAUGAAACCAUUCCUUAUAUUAGAGUCAUAUCCGUUCACAUUUUGUACUGUCAAUUGGUGUGAGAUAACAAGUAGAUAAAGAAGCUUGUCACUGAUCGAAGGCUGAGCCUUCUCCCACCACGGGUUCCUUUUUCAAGCCUCAGUUGAUGCAAGCAUCUGGUGGUAAUGCUGCAAUUCUAUUAGAGAAAAAUUUCGCCAGUGGUAAUGCUGUAGAGGAAAGAACUUCCAGUGAUUUUGAGUUUAGGUUUCACACUGGAGUUAGUACGACAUCAGGAUUAUCAUCUGCAGCGAUGUCGAUUCCUGCAGGAAUUAAUCGAAACGGACUAGUCAAUCAUCAAGAUCAGCGAUAUUCUCAGUCUGCCAUACCCUCUUCUUCAGCACCACAAUGUCUUGGAGUAGCUCGACAGGAUUCAUCUGUGUAUGAUAGUAUUGAUGAAUCAAAGCAAGGAGGUCAGUCCAAUACAGGUACACAAGCUUCAGUUUCUGAGCAUAAAGAUAGCAGCUCGUCAGUCUCAGCUGAAAGAACAUCAGAAGAUGGGUAUAACUGGAGAAAAUAUGGGCAGAAACUGGUUAAAGGAAGCGAGUUUCCACGAAGUUACUACAAGUGUACCUACCCUAACUGUGAGGUGAAAAAAAUAUUUGAACGGUCUCCAAGUGGACAUAUUACAGAAAUUGUGUACAAGGGUUCACAUGAUCAUCUGAAACCUCAGAGUGCACGUCGGCACAAUUCUGGGGGUCUUACGUCCAUUCAAGAGGAUAAAUUGGACAAGGAGGACAAGAUGAACACCAAUACUAUGGAGCAAAAUGGUUCUCCCAUGUUGUCACCUCUGCAAACAAAUGAGGAGGGAUUAGAUGGUUCUGGCUCACAGUUUCAGGGCCAAAAUGAUGAUGCUGAAGAUGAUGAUCCUUACUUGAAACGGAGAAAAAUGGAGGAUGGUAUUGAUGUUACACCAGUUGUUAAACCCAUUCGUGAACCACGAGUUGUGGUUCAAACUGUGAGUGAGGUUGAUAUACUGGAUGAUGGGUAUCGCUGGCGCAAGUAUGGCCAGAAAGUUGUCCGAGGAAACCCCAAUCCUAGGAGCUACUACAAGUGCACGAAUGCAGGAUGCCCAGUGAGGAAGCAUGUGGAGAGGGCAUCUCAUGACCCGAAAGCUGUUAUAACAACGUAUGAGGGGAAGCACAACCAUGAUGUCCCGAUUGCACGAAACAGCAGUCAUGAACUUGCCGGGACUGCGCCAUACGCAGGAACAUCCAAGAUGAGGGCGCAUGACAGUGGCAGUUCAAUUAGCCUUGACCUCGGUGUUGGAAUCGGGCGACCAGGUGAGCACAAAAGGGAGGAAGGGUUGGAUGGUGAAGGUGGACGACGCCAAAAUAAUCCAAUCUAUGAAAUUGUAAAUGGUGGGCUGAAUCUAUACGGAAAUAGAGAAGCUCAUAACUUUCAGACGCCACCGAUAAAUGCCUCUAACCAAUGUCAGCCAAACCUUGGAAGAAUACUUAUGGGGCCUUAAAAUUGUUGCUGAAUAUUGUGAAUGUAUAUUACCAGAAAUAAUUUCUAUUUUUUAUUAGUAAAUCUGAGUGAAUUUAUCCUCA